CCUGCCUGCUUGAAAUGAAAUGAAAUCUGUCUGAAUCGAAUUCCAUUCCAUUUUCGCUUGACUUGAGCAAAUCUGUUUUCGUGAAAAUUACAAUUUUUGUGAUUACUGCGCCUGUUUGAAGAAUUUUAUGCUAUUGAUUCAGUUUAACAUUGCGUCGUUAGUGUAAAGUGCUAUUUAUAUGCGAGUGUUAUCGUGGAUGAGUGCAGGAAGUCGUUCAUUUCAUACCACUGAAAUAGGGUAUUGAUUUGUGUCUAAUACGAUGAGAUGACAAAACCAUGUCAAGAGUGUUUUAGUAAAUAAUAUAAAAGAGUAAGAGAUUUUCUGAACCUAUUGUUGGUGUUUGGAAUAGAACGGAAUGAAUCUCGAUAAUUCAUCGAGAGAAAAUUCUGAAGCAUUAGAUUCUGUUGGUACUGUGAGCCCGAGAGAUAAAUAUCAAAGCAUGAGAGAAAAGAAGCUAUCCACUGCGUCGCUGACGAACGCUGAGGGUGCUCGGCCGAAGGUCGUGACUGUCAAGCAUCCGGAGUCCAAUAAGCCGAAACCCACAGCCAAGAAGAAUAAACCCAUACAGGCAGAUUUAGAUAUUAUCAAAGAAUUUCAAAGAUGCCGUGACGAAGGACUUAAACGGCUUGAUUUAAGCAAAUCUUCCAUUACUUGUCUCCCACCUAAUGUCCGUGAUCUUACCCACUUAGUGGAAUUUUAUUUGUAUGGAAACAAGCUAGCAUUACUGCCUGCAGAGUUUGGAUGUCUGGUGAACCUGCAAACAUUAGCAUUGAAUGAGAAUUCACUCACAAGUUUACCACAGUCCCUCGCCAACUUGAAGUGUUUAAAAGUAUUAGAUCUGCGACACAACAAGCUCAAUGACAUACCAGACGUUGUUUAUAAGCUCACAUCACUGACAACAUUAUUUUUAAGAUUCAAUAGAAUCAGAGUUGUUGGCAAUGGAAUUUCCCAUUUGACUAAUUUGACAAUGUUAAGUUUAAGAGAAAAUAAAAUCAAAGAAUUAUCAUCUGGAAUUGGCAAAUUGGUGAAUUUAGUAACAUUUGAUGUUUCACACAAUCAUUUAGAGCAUUUACCACAAGAGAUUGGUAAUUGUGUUAAUUUAUCAACACUUGACCUUCAACACAAUGAGUUAUUGGAUAUACCCGAGACCAUCGGCAAUCUGCAAGCCAUUACCCGCCUGGGCCUCAGAUACAACAGACUGACUGCUAUCCCUGCCUCACUCAGCAACUGCAAGCACAUGGAUGAAUUUAAUGUUGAAGGGAAUUCUAUAUCCCAGCUGCCUGAUGGCCUCUUGGCUAGUUUAAAUGAACUGACAAGUAUCACUCUAUCAAGGAACUCAUUUGGGAGCUACCCGUCGGGAGGUCCAGCUCAGUUUACUAAUGUGUUCUCUAUAAAUCUGGAGCACAAUCAGAUUGACAAAAUUCCAUAUGGAAUAUUCUCCAGGGCUAAGAAUGUCACUAAGUUGAACAUGAAAGAGAACUUGCUUACAUCUCUUCCCCUUGAUAUUGGAACCUGGGUAAACAUGGUGGAACUCAACUUGGGAACAAAUCAGUUGGCCAAAUUACCUGAUGACAUACAAUGCCUACAAAACUUAGAAGUUCUGAUAUUAUCUAAUAAUUGCUUGAAGCGGGUACCUCCCAGUAUUGGAAGCCUAAGGAAAUUGAGGGUUUUGGAUCUUGAAGAAAACAAGUUAGAAGUUUUGCCAAAUGAAAUUGGUUUUCUGCAUGAUUUACAAAAACUGAUUGUUCAGUCAAAUCAGCUGACAUCACUGCCCCGCUCAAUUGGCCACCUGACCAACCUGACAUAUCUCAGUGUUGGUGAAAACAACUUGCAAUACUUACCUGAGGAAAUUGGCACUUUGGAGAAUCUAGAAUCACUUUAUCUGAAUGACAACCCCAACCUGUGCAAUCUGCCGUUUGAGCUAGCACUUUGUGUGAGCUUACAGAUCAUGAGCAUUGAGAACUGCCCACUGACUGCUAUUCCACCAGAAGUGGUGUCCUCGGGACCUUCUCUAGUAAUUCAAUAUUUAAAGUCUCAAGGGCCAUAUAGAGCUAUGUGAUAUCAGGAAGAUGAUUAUUUACCGGCCGGAGAAGGCUAGUAAACUUUUUUAGGUGCUUGAAAUGGCAAGCUUAUCCAGAAAAUGUAUACUCAAAAGUUUCUGUUGAGAAAUAAAAAAAAUACUAUACCCAUUGUAUGCUACUAGUAAUGUUUAAAUGUAAGAAUUGACAUAAUUGUGGGUUGAAAUGUUUUUAUGAUUCUGUCUAUCAAUUUAUUUCAAUGUAUUUUUGUGUCCAGUUUGAUAGAUAUAACUCCCAAUAUAUUAUACUAUUUAAUGUUUUCAUUAUUAUGUAAUAGAUGUUUAAGAUUUAAGAAAUUGUUUUAUUGGUAUCACAAAAAUUAUAAAAUCACAAAAACAAACUGAUUAGUGUUAGUAGGUAAAAGUAUAUUGUAAAAUGCUGUAUAUAAAAUGCACAAUAAUAAUAUUAUCCAUGUUUUCCAGUCCAUAAAUGGAUUUUUUAAAUAGUAAGUAAUGAUCUUUCAAUAUCAAGUGUCAAAAAGCUUCUUAUUCUGAUUGUUAUAUUGUAAUAUGAAGACCCAAAUAAGAAGCAUGUGCAAUCUAUUGAGCUUAGUGUCAUAAGAUACCAGUUAACUAUGAUUAAGUAAAUUAUUUGUUUAAAAGCAUUUUCAAAGAAACUCUUCGUUUGGACAAUAUCUAGCAGUACCUUUAAAUUGAUAUUUAAAAGCAUUUUCUCACAAAUUGUUUUCAUGAAGUACUGGCAUUUAAAUAUUUUAAAAAAUACACUAAUGUUUUUAAUCAGUAUUUUGUGUGUUAUUUAGAUUUUGAUGUUUUGUAGACGAGUUAAAUAUGUGGGUAUUUUACAUCAAUUUUAAACUUUUGAAAGAUCUCAUAAUUACAUUAUUGGAGUUUUAACAGUGUGUUUACUGUUUUGAGGAAAUUCCUCAUUAUCAUCAUGACUAAUUAUGCAUUAUUUACAAUAGGUUUCCUAUCUGUUGCAUUUAACAUUUUCUUAUUUAUAAGUGUAUGUUAUUUAGAAAUUAGAUACCAUUUGUAUUCUUUUGUGGCUAUAUUCACGUGCAGGAUUAUUCCUAAUGCAUUUUUUUAUUUAAUAUUUCAAGUGCGCACACGAUUUAGUUAAUUAAGAUCAACCUUUUAUGUAUUACAUCUUUACAAUUUUUAUAUUCCUAGUUCUAAAAAAAAAAGAUUGAUGUUAAUAUUUUAUACGAUAAAAUGAUAGAUGUCUAGUCACAGUAAAAUUGAUUUCGUAAUGACGAUUUUCAUGUAUUUGAUGUAUUCCAUGACAUACUAUAACCACCCUAACAAUAUAAUGUAUUAUUGACCCUUUCAAUAAAGAGAUUGCUGUUUUUGCGACUUGUGCUAAGCGCUCUGGUGAAACCUGUCCUAAUUUUAAUGUUGAUCCGUGUGUAGUUAUUCGUUUUUAAUCAAUGUUUCAGUAACAUGUAAACAUGUUAUGAAAUAAAUAAAUUAUAUAGUAA